UACGGAGUAGUGUAUGAUGUGGGCGGUGUCUUGGUGGCAGGUGCUUCGGGCUGCCUGAUGCCGACCCGGCGAGGCAGAAGCAACCUCAUCCUCGCUCAUCUUUCUGUUUUUCUUCCGUGUCUCUCACACCUUCUUGCCUCUGCUGGCCCUCCGCUGGCCCGUGUCCCCCGUUCCCAAUGCCCAACGGCAGCCCCGAUCAUGCUUCUCCUUGUAGAAGGGCCGUUCAUCGCUUUUAUUCCGGAGAUUUGGUCUGGGCCUCCUCAUCUGGCCACGGCAAUGCCAUCGCAAAGCGGUAAAAUUAGCUCUUGAACUGAUCAAAUGAAGCAAGCAAGCAACGGCCAAUACUGUACAUGUUCAUGCGUAAAGAGUUGGGUAGCUCUCUCUUAAGGUAUGCUGGACUGCGUUGUGCACAUUGUUCGCCAUGCCAAAAAGCAUUGCUCCAUACAGGAAAGAGCUCAGCAUAGUCAAAAGAAAGCCUCGCUUCGCUUAGAGGUACACGCGC